AUGUGUCGCACACACGGGGGGGUCGCGGGGCGUUCAGGCGAUGGCGGAGUAGUGCGAGAGCGCGCAGGCGGCGGCGGAGGCGGCGGCGUGCAGGCGCGGGCCGUGGGCGCGCGCGGCCGCCAUAUAUGUGUCGCACACACGGGGGGGGGUCGCGGGGCGUUCAGGCGAUGGCGGAGUAGUGCGAGAGCGCGCAGCGCGCGGAGGCGGCGGCGUGCAGGCGCGGGCCGUGGGCGCGCGCGGCCGCCAGAUAUGUGUCGCACACACGGGGGGGUCGCGGGGCGGUCAGGCGAUGGCGGAGUAGUGCGAGAGCGCGCAGGCGGCGGCGGAGGCGGCGGCGUGCAGGCGCGGGCCGUGGGCGCGCGCGGCCGCCAUAUAUGUGUCGCACACACGGGGGGGUCGCGGGGCGUUCAGGCGAUGGCGGAGUAG